GUCUAUAGUAAAUUAUUGUCAACAAGUGUCAAAUUUUAAAAGGAAGUGUUACGAAGUACUUUUAAUUUUUUAUAGUGAAUGCCCCAAGAAGAAGUUUUGCACUUGUGUUUCAUUAAAAACAAAAUUUUUCUCAUAAAGUUAUUGUUAAAAUGCCUAAAGUUCGUAGAAGUCGUAAACCUCCACCAGAAGGUUGGGAACUCAUUGAACCCACUUUAGAUGAACUGGAACAAAAAAUGCGUGAAGCUGAAACGGAGUCCCACGAAGGCAAACGUAAACAAGAAUCGUUAUGGCCAAUAUUUAAAAUCCACCAUCAGAAAUCUAGGUACAUUUAUGAUUUGUAUUACAGAAGAAAGGCAAUUAAUAGAGAAUUGUAUGAAUAUUGUAUUAAUGAAAAUAUAGCUGACAAAAACCUUAUUGCAAAAUGGAAAAAGCAAGGUUAUGAAAAUCUGUGUUGUUUACGCUGUAUUCAGACUAGGGACACAAAUUUUGGUACAAACUGCAUUUGUCGUGUCCCGAAAGGAAAACUAGAAGAGGGUAGAAUAGUAGAAUGUGUUCAUUGUGGCUGCAGAGGCUGUUCUGGAUAAAAGAUUUGAGGACUUUAGAUAUGCAUUUGGAGAUGCUGCUUACAAAUGACUUCCUUCUGAAUUGUAAUAUAUAUGUAUAAUCUAAGUAUUUGAUAUAAUUAAAUAA